AUGGUACGGGGCAUCGGUGCGGGCAGAAAUUUCGAGGUCUAUCUGGAGUACAGAGACAAAAAGAAGACAAGGAUCGAGGAGUUUCACCCAAAUUACACGCAUCCGCUAGAGGACGAAGAGGAAGUUGCCGAUGAUGAAACCGAGGCUUCGACGAGGGAAGGCGCCACAGCUACGGUGUGGGUAGAGUGUGAGGCCGGUAUGGAAUAUCAGAUCGUCAUUGAGGACCGCUUCCGUGGCAAAAAGAAGCAGAAGAAGAGACCGGCAAGAGAAGCAGUCCGUGCUUCUAUCGAGGUCGACGGACGUGAUAUUCAUCCCCGCCUGCUCUUCUAUGGCUCGACGCACAAGUAUACUACAAGUGCGAUAGAUAUGGAGCAGGACGGCCAAGUCGGUUCCUACCGCCUUCGUUUUGCUGCUGUCGAUGCUGUCGAUGAUCGACAUGAAGCCGAACUGGACGCAGACGGCGCAGCCCAGAUCGGCACGAUAAAAGUGACCCUUGAGCUCGGGGCCGCGGUGGACACCGCACCACGGGAGUGGUCACCGGAGAUCAUUGAGGAGAUAGGGACGGCAUGGGAGAAGGACAUCAAAGUCAAAGGCGGCCAAAAGGUGAAGGUCCGAGCAGGUGGUGCUGGAGGCCGGAAACCCCAAUGGGUGGACUUUGAGUCAACGAACGCCGUUUAUUUUUACACCUUUGUCAUAAGCUACGCCCAUCGAGCAGUCAUCGACAGGCAGUUUGAUUUGGGCAAGUCAUAUCAACCGGAAGCGCGCGCAUCAACUGUGGAAUCAGACGGGGAAGAGCCUGAAUUUAUCGAACGACCACCCACGCCACCUCCCGGCGAUAUCGCUUCACGGAAAAGGCGCAAGAUGCGGAGGAGAAGCCCAAGCGUCAAGUCGGACUCCCCAAGCGAUCCCGAGAGCGAGGAAUCGGACGGAGCAGCAUACCAGGAGUUCCUCAAGCAACGAGCAGCUCGCAAGCUGGAGGCAAAGGAGGCGAAGAGGCGGAAGCGGGAAGAUGAGAAGAGGGUCAAGGAUGAGCAGGAGGAGAGGAUAUUCCAGGCCGGUGCGAAUUUGAAGGGGGAGGUGUACGAUCUCACUGCCGAUUCAGAUUAG